AUGAUAUUACUAGAUACGGUGAGCAGUCUUUACCUGACACAAGGAAAUUGCGUCCUAAAAUGCUGCAAGUCAACGAUGAAACUUUCAGUUUGUUCAAUCAAAGAAUCUGUUGGUGCCAUCGAAUUAGGCGAGUUCGUUGCAUUUAUUGGAAAAAUUUUGGUAGAAAGUGAAUGUUAUCUAUUGGUUGCUGUUGAAUGCACUCCAAUAGCCACAUACCCUUGCACGAAUGAUAUGAUCAGUCAUAUUGACAGAGUCAUUGCCAUACCGGUAGAAAAAAAUGGUCUGCCUUGUAAGCCAGUUAUAUCUCUCUCGAAAUUAGAAAAAAUUAAAAUGUCGCAGAAGAAGGUAAUGCAUUUUGUUACGAGGAAACGAAAUUCGGUUCGAUUGAUCGAUGAAAUUCUACGGCUUUUUAAUGAUGGCGAUUUCUAUAUUUGUUUCAAAAGAGAUAUCACAUUAAAUACUCAAAGUAACUUUUCAACAAGAUGUACGAAUAAGUGGUUUUUUUGGAACUAUGCAUUGCUUUCUGAUCUGUUUAACGAUGAUGGCUCACCUCAUCCAGGAACUGAAGAGUGGAUCAUUCCAAUAUGUCAAGGCUUCGUCGCUGAAAGGAAAAUAUUAGUGGAGACUGAAACGAAAUUGACAGUAACACUAAUAUCAAGACGAUCUGUAAAUUGUGCUGGUGUACGGUAUCUGAAACGUGGUAUAGAUGAACAUGGUCAUGUUGCUAAUUUCGUAGAAACUGAAGUAGUGCUAACAAUUUUUGGCCACUGCCUUUCUUUCGUUCAAAUACGAGGAUCUGUUCCAGUUUUCUGGACUCAACAAGGAUAUCGUUAUCGUCCACCACUUGUGAUAAGCAAAACAUUCACUGAUUCUUACCCAGCCUUCAAUAAGCACAUUAGGAAAAUGACAGAAACUUAUGGCGCACCUUUAGCUAUUGUUAAUUUAGUGGAACAAAGAGGAAGAGAAAUGCAGCUUGCAGUGAGCUUUCUAGAACAUAUCCUUCACAUGAAUUCACCAGAUGUUGCCUAUUUUACAUAUGAUUUUCAUUUUCAUUGUCGAGGACUUCGCUUUCACAAAGUUGCGGAAUUGAUCUCAGCAUUAACUGAGCAAAUUUCUACUAUAGGUUUUUGUUGGAUAGAUAAAUAUGGUGAAAUAGUGCGCCGGCAACAAGGUGUUAUCCGAACAAAUUGUGUAGAUUGCUUGGAUAGGACCAACGUUGUACAGUGUGCAAUAUCACAAGCAUUAUGUCUUGUCCAAGCACAGAAACUCGGUAUUGUUGGCCCUCAAACAGAUGCGCCACUCGAUCUUAUUCAAGCGUUGCAAACGAUGUGGGCAGAUAAUGGUGAUGCCAUUUCGAGGCAGUAUGCCGGUACGGAUGCCUUGAAAGGGGAUAUCACGCGAAGCGGUCAACGGAAUUUAGUGGGUAUGGUUAAGGACGGGUACAAUUCAGCUUCACGGUAUUAUCUGUCUCAUAUGAGGGAUGCGCAGCGACAGCUUGCAGUUGAUACUCUCCUGGGAAAAUCCUUGGAUGCAGGCGAAUCACAUUGUGAACAGUUUGAAGGUGAAGAAGACGAAGUUGAAAGUAUAGGUCGACUGGUCCGCGAGGCAAUCCUUUUUAUCCUUCCUGAGAAAGAAAUACUCGUUGGUGGAUGGGCCUUAAUUGAAGGAUCAAAUAAUACUGAUCAAAUUGAUAGCGUCUUGGUAUUGACAAAAACGACUCUAAUAGCUGCUUCUUAUGAUGACGAUACGAAACUUUCGGAUGUGAAACAUAUCAGUUUCGAUGAAAUUAAAGGUUUAGAAUACGGCCGGUUGGGCGGAUCAUCAAGAACUUAUUUAAGAUUAUGCUCAAAAUCAGGUGAACUAUUUACCUGGAGAGCAGCAAAAACGCGUUUGUUCAACAAUGUUGCAAUUUUACUCAGGACGGAAGAUGAGGCAAAUGAGUAUAUUCAGGCAAUUGGUGAACAGAUAAAGGUGACAAUGGCGUUAGCUGGAUACGUUGUCAGUUUUUCUUAUGUUUCUGUAUUGAAGAAGCCUGGAAGAACUGGUAGAAGCAAAUGUUAUAGGAGAAGAAUGAUGAAUAUGGUGGUAUCAGUUUUCCGAUCUCGAGCUGAUUGCUCUACAAGAUCACAACUUGAACACGUCACUUUAUCGAAGCUGGAUAAUGAUAUUGAUGAUGUGAAAACAUCGUCUGUCGAGAAAAAUAUACGUGCUGCAGAUGACAUGAUUUCAAUCAUGAAUUGUAAUUCACCUGAUAAUUCUGCUACAGUUUCUGCAGAAUCUGAAAUUUUUAAAGUGAGUGGAAAAAAGAACGAUCGAUCGCAAAAAAAUCAAGAUUCACUUGAAAUGUCACACAUGUUUCCAUCGAAAUCUGAUGAUCACCUAGCCAGCAAAACCGAUGAUUUCAUUUCACUGCUUCAAAGAUUUAAAUUGACUUCUUCAAGGAGUAAUUGUGCAGUAACCACGAAUGUUUCUAAUUCUCAGACAGUGAAUUUUUCAAAUAAUCCUUUUUCACAAUAUGGGCAACAAAUUCUUAACUCAAAAUCACUUAUAAUAUUGUUAUAG